CAAGAAGGGACUUUUACCAAAGGCUGGAGUGUGUGUGUGUUCAUGUUAGUAAGAUAGUUAUUUUUGUAUAGGUGUUGCAACAGAAGUGAGCAUUUAAAGGCCGAGGUUGUUAAUGAGACUGUCUGGUGGUUUGCACGUUUUUAGGGAGUGUUAUGAGUUCUUUUUGGUGUUCAGGGUGUUUGCAAAGUAGGUGUACAGUGUCAGAUUAUGAGAGGGGGUUGACGAGACAGGUGUAAGGGUUAGAUUCAACAGGUGUGUGUGUCUUUGUGUGUAUGUGUAUAUGUGUGGCUGUAAGGGCACGACAAUACAAGAAGCAAACUUGUGUGUUUUUGGUGGGGUUUUUAAGUGUGUGUGCACAUUGUUGUGAACUUCUUGAAGAUGUCUAACGACACCACCAACUUCUACGCCCAGCAUCAGCCCUUCAGCUUCUCUGACAUUGUGGUCAUUGCAACCUACUUUCUUCUCAACCUCGCUGUCGGCAUCUGGUCGUCAUGCAGGGUAAGCAGGAAUACUCUGAGCGGAUAUUUCUUGGCUGGACGGGACAUGGCCUGGUGGCCGAUUGGAUCGUCUCUCUUUGCCAGUUCAGAAGGCUCAGGUUUGUUUAUUGGUCUGGCUGGCACUGGAGCUGCUGGAGGCAUCGCUGUUGCUGGCUUUGAAUGGAAUGCCACCUAUGUGUUGCUGGCUCUGGCCUGGGUAUUUGUUCCUGUCUACAUCUCCUCAGGGAUCGUGACAAUGCCGGAGUACCUGGGCCGUCGUUUCGGGGGCGAGAGGAUCAGAACGUACCUGGCUGUCCUCUCACUGCUGUUGUCCGUCUUCACAAAGAUAUCAACUGAUCUGUACUCUGGAGCCUUGUUUGUCCAGGUGUGUCUGGGGUGGAACCUCUACCUGUCCACUGUCCUCAUGCUGGUGGUCACUGCCUUCUACACUAUUGCAGGUGGUCUUGCUGCUGUCAUCUACACCGACACUCUACAGACAUUUGUCAUGAUCAUAGGAGCAAUCAUCCUAACGAUCACUGCUUUCAAAAAGAUCGGCGGCUACAGCAAACUGGAGCAUGUGUAUAGCAUGGCAGUGCCCAAAAAGAUCAUUCCCAACAGUACCUGCCACCUGCCACGUCAGGACGCCAUGCACCUCUUCAGAGACGCCGUCACUGGAGACCUGCCCUGGCCCGGCAUGACUCUGGGGCUCACCAUACUGGCCACCUGGUAUUGGUGCUCCGACCAGGUAAUUGUACAACGGUCCCUGUCUGCUAAGAACAUGAGUCAUGUGAAAGGAGCAUCAAUCCUGGCGGCCUAUCUGAAGAUGCUGCCUUUUAUCUUCAUCAUCCUCCCUGGCAUGAUAAGCCGAGCUCUCUAUCCAGACUCUGUAGGAUGUGUGGAUCCAGAAGAGUGUGUGCGAGUUUGUGGAGCUGAGGUGGGAUGCUCCAACAUUGCCUUUCCCAAACUGGUCAUUGAACUCAUGCCAAGCGGUUUACGGGGACUUAUGAUAGCGGUGAUGAUGGCUGCUCUGAUGUCAUCGCUGACCUCCAUCUUUAACAGCAGCUCCACACUCUUCACUAUGGACAUCUGGAAGAAACAUCGCACACGGGCCUCAGAGCGAGAGCUGCUUCUUGUUGGCAGGAUCGUGACCGUGAUCUUGGUGGUGGUGAGUGUGGUGUGGAUCCCCAUCCUACAGUCGGCCAAUAGUGGCCAGCUGUAUGUUUACAUCCAGUCAGUGACGAGCUACCUGGCUCCGCCUGUCACUGCCGUUUUCACUCUGGCUGUCUUCUGGACUAGGACUAACGAGCAGGGUGCGUUCUGGGGCCUCAUGGUGGGUUUGGUGGUGGGUGUGUGUAGGAUGGUGCUGGAGUUUGCCUUUCCGCCUGCCAGAUGUGGAGUUUUGGACUCAGCACCUGCAGUGCUGCGCAGUGUCCACUACCUCCAUUUCGCCAUUCUGCUCUGUGGGCUCACUGCUAUCGUGGUUACUAUAGUAUCGCUGCUCACACCGCCGCCCAGUCACGAACAGGUGUGUAACCUGACCUGGUGGACACUGACUGAAGAGCCACCAAGAGAAAUUCCUCUACAGAAAGUGUCCUCUGUCAGCCACCGUAGCUCCCAGGGCUCUGAGCCAACACAGCAGGGGACAUGUGGUCAGAGGACAGGAUUGUGUAUCUCAGCAACACGACGCUCACAGCAGGCUCCAGCUCCCCGAGUUCCCACUCUCAGAGAGAGUCCGUUCUGGUCCAGGUUCUGCUGUGUCAAUGCGAUUCUGCUGGUCUGCGUUAACAUUUUUCUCUAUGCAUACUUUGCCUGAGUAGAGGAUACGAUUUAACAUCCUGCCUCACCCUCCUGCUGAACACCUGCCAAUUGCUCCAAUAUGAACUAGAAACUCUGCCUGCCUGCCAAACAGCCACUGAUUUCUCCUGAUCCAAGAAGGUGGGGUAACAAACUGUGAUUUUUAUACUGAUUUUACAUGAAUCCUUCAAAAUCAUGCAAAUGUACUGUAUCAUGCAGAUGUAGCUUCAGGUGCUGUAAAACAAUCACAUUUCAAAGAGAGAGCCAAUACCUCCACAAAUGCAGUAUAGGCAUACAGUAUUUCUACAGAUGUGCUUUGAUGUUAUUGGUUUACUAUUGCCCCACUGUAGGCUAUUGGUUUGUUCAUAAAACAUUUUCUUCUUGUUGUAACCUUGUUUUAAAGUUUUAGAUGGGUAUUAUACAAAUUAUAAUGAAGCUUGUGGCUUGUAACAAGCUAACAUGAAUGUGCAGGUAAUAAAAGAUUAUAGAUUAUAUAGUGAGAAUACUUUUAUGUGGUUUAGGUUGUAUGCACUUGCAUAAUCCCAUUUCCUUUAGAGUCUAUAUGCUUAAUGGUAACUAUAUAUAUAGUAAUGUUUAUGGCCUUAUGUCUGUCAAUCAAGGUUUAUUGAGCCUUCAGUUAUUGUUCUAGUGUUCUUUCCUGCUGUGUAGCUCAUUUAUUAAUAUAAAUCAGAAUCUCUUAGUUUUUCCUGGUCCAUGAUUGGACCAUGACUGACCCAAAUUCUCAUGACAUAAAUUGUCUUGUAAAUUUAAAUAUGGCACACAUUUGUGUUUUGUAUCAGGAAUGCAAAUGGAGCUCAAAAUGCAUCAAAAUUAUAUAGAAAUAAUGAAAACUUUUAUAUUUCUUUUUAAUUAUCACAAAUAUAUCAGACAAUUUAUCAGUAUUGAAAUUGACCACUGAUCCCUUAAUGCUUAACAACAGAUCCCCACAAAGGGCAUCAACCCCAAGGUUGAGAAACUCUGUUAAAAUAUAAUGUUCCUGUGCAUUUGAUACAUUUUUUUUUAUUGGUGAGAUUUAUGCAGAAGUAUUGAGAAGUACCUGAAUGUGUCUGAUGUCAGUCAAAAUACUAAAUACCUUGACAGCUUCUCCAUCAAAUGUUUUUUUUCUUGUGAUAUCUCAAAUAAAUUUAAAGAUAUGUGCAUCAAA